AUGCCCUGGAGGGGCCGGGGCGCAGCAGCCCCCUCAGCACCCCCGGGCCUCACCUGCGGGGCUCCCCUCUGGCUAGCCUCGCCGAGGCUCCGGCAGCCGGGUUCCCGCCGGAGGCGGUCAGCAGCAGAGCCCGGGCAUGUCCUCAGCCUCGCCGACCCACGCGUGGCUCUGCCCACCCGGGAGCGGCUCCCAUGGCCCGCCCGCUCGCCGCCCUCCGGGACCCCUCGCUCCUCCUCCCGGCACUGCUCUCCGCGGCCGCCCGGCCGCUCACAUCACACUCCGUGCUCCGGGCCACGCCUCCCCGAGCGCAGGGCGCAGAGCGACCCCGCGGCCGCCUGGACGCCGAGAUGCCGCGCCCCGCGCAUCCACCGGCCCCGCUGCCUGCCCGCCUCGCUCGCUCUCUACUCUUUUCUCUCACUGUUUGCCCUGUCAAAACACUACCCGGGUCACGUGUCCCAACAACAGCCAACCCACUCUCGUCACUUCCUCCGCGGAGGCUGCGCGCGCCGGUUGUUAUGGCAACGUCGCCGCGCGCUGUGGAGCAGGAGUUUGGGGACCCGUCUACCCGGGAGAGGGUCCCAGAGCAUGGAGAACCCGGAUGCUGGCCUGGCUCAGAAGAACUGGGAUCCAGCCCUAAAUGCAUGCAAUUUCCCUACGGAACCCGUGUCUGAUGUGGUCUGGACAGGAAAGUGAGGAGCCACAUAUGCCAGGAAAGGGUACUUGGGGACCCGAAAGGCUCCUUCCCACUGCAACCCUAGAUUUUUCCUUAUCUGCUGGGACCUAGGAA